AUGACAGUCGAUACGUUUCAAUCUUUGCCUGUUGAUGUUCUCUUUGAAAUUUUCGGAUAUUUAUCUCCUGUUAAUAUUCUUCAAUCAUUUUUAUCUAUUAAUAAACGUUUAUCAAGAAUUAUUAUCUGUGAAUAUUUGUGGCACAUUGAUAUUGGUGAUUCAACGAUGUCAUCAUCGAUCUUCAACGAUAUUUGCCAAAAUGUCUUGAAAUUGAUAGGAAGUCGACUUGUCUCUUUACGUGUAAUACUAAGCAAUACGAUUGGUGGAUGGUCACUCGUUUCAUCGUCCCUUGGAUAUCAUCAGACAACAUUGCUUCAACGUCUUCAUCUGAUCGAUAUUAAGCCCCAUGAGUUUGAUAAAUUAUUGCGGAAUCAUUUAAUAAAACAAUUACACACUUUAUUAGUUGAUAUUACAGUAUCUAAUCCAUUCAAUUAUCUUGAAAUUGAAGGAGUUUAUUUAAAUAAGGUAUGUUCGCAACUGCCGCUUCUAGCAAUUUGUCGACUUCCAUUUAAUGUUUAUCAUAAAAAUCUAUAUCAAUUAGAGGAAUAUUCAGGAACACCGCUAAUGAGUUUACCAAAUUUAUCAAAUACAACUCAUCUUCGUUCAUUGACUAUUGGUAUGAACACAUCAUACUUUCUAAAACGCUUGCUAUCGUGUAUACCGUUUAUUGAAAAUCUUUCUCUUGGUGUAAAUGACGAAGAGUUGAAAGCAUAUACAUCAAUCUUUGAUCCAUGGAUUAUAUCUGGUGACACUAUUCAACAAUUUUGUAUCGAUCAACUGGAACCAUUGGCAACAUAUAAUCUUAAUCUAUUAUUCAAUAUCGAGGGCGACUUAGAAGAAAAAAUAAUUUUCAAUUCAUUUUCUAAAGUUCCAUUUACUGAUCGACAACAUCCGAGAGUGUUUAUCCAAGAACGUGAUAGCUUGAGUAUUGGUCAUAAUUAUCAUUGUUUUAUGGUAUACACUUUACCAUAUUAUGACAGAGUCAUUUCAACACACGCGUUUACUUCUGAUCUGCAAAUAUCUUCUCAAAAGUUGGUUAAUCCAAUAAAUUUGUUUUCACGUACUAACGAAUUAUUCAUCAAUGGUUUUACAGGCAAAAGUUGUCAUUUAGAUUUGGGUAAUUGUAGAAGUUCCAUAUCAGCAUUGGUUCCAUGGACACUACUAACAAAAAUUAGAGUCGAUGACGGCAAUGUUAUAAGUGCAGCUGAAUUAGAAGCAAUAUUACGAAUGGCUUAUCAUGUACAUACACUACAAAUAGAUGAUAGUGAUGGUUUGUCCGGCGCGAUAUUCUGUAACACUGACAAUCUUGGAACUCGUGUCAAUGAACAAGUAGGUAGUUUUAUUCAAAAAAGACGCGUUUGUUAUUGA